GCGCGCACGCGCAUAAACUGUAUGCUUUAUUUUUACUAUGUAUAAAUGGAUGAAAUGUCAAUCAAACCGAACGUUUCUAGCGAAAAACUCAAUCCCGGACAAUACAAUGGAGGUUGAUGGAACUGCGUGUCCAAAUGCAAACAAUUGUCUUGGAAUGUAUACAUGGAUAUAAGGUGGUUAUGUUUGGUGUACAUAAUAAUGUUAUCUAGCUGCAAUUUACAGAGCGUCGAACAAGAAGAAGAAAAUCUAAUCGACUCCAUGCACAACUAUACAAAUUUGAAAAUAUUUUUAUGGUCCGGUUCCGGAGAUGGUUCGAAUKAACCAACACAAACAUCCAGCACUAAAAAAAUUCCAUCUUAUUCAGAAAAUCCCGAGGAUUGUAUAGGCGGGCAAGAUUGUAACAUUCARCCUACGACGUCUAUUACGCCACAUCACGGGGUUAUUGACAUUCCACAAACAGCCGAAAUACCAGAGAAAGAAUAUUGGAUAGUAACAGAAUUAAAUUUCGACUCGCCAGCGGAUGUUCAUAUUUCCAUACCAGUCAUAAAAGAAAAAUUGGCCAUCCUCUACACGAUUGCGUUUACUAGACAACAGGCUCGGCAUCUCGGACUAAACUCGAAUUGGACCGAGGAUGAAGUAAACUCAGAUCGGAAUCGAAGAUGGGACACGAACGAAAAACCAAUUAAAGUCAAAGUAGACGUACUAUCCGUACUGAAUAAAUUGGAUUUGGUUUAUUUCGUCAGCGUCAACGGCCAUCCUGUGUCUGCUGCAACAGCAGUACGUGACAUGAGCCUUGUCACGACACGGGAAGUUGCAGAUCAUUUGGGAUACGCUGUGAAAAUCAAAGCCCGCCCUUACCUAGACGGAUUACAGUUUCAAAGAGUUCGUGGUGUAAGCUAUAAUGAGAUUUGGAUUUUCAUCACGGCCACAUGUGUAGUUAUACUGGUGCUCGUAACUGGCGUUGUCGUGGCGCAUAAGAAAAAAAGAAGAAAAAAUAGCAUCAGCUCCGACAGGACUAACAUGGCGUUUUGUGAAGAUCAAACGCCUCACAACGAUGUAAAAACAGAGGCUACGUCUACUGAAGACAUCGGUGCUCUCCACACACCCGAACCAAAGCCGAGAAAUAGAAAUAAAAUUUCAAAUUCAUUGCUUUCGAUGCAAGCCGUUAAUAAAUUUCAAAAGUUAGCGUGGGCCGGUUCCGACCAGUCGGUGUUCGUGCCGCGACCGUUGAGCGCGGGCCCGUUCCACCGGCCGGCCGUGCGCACCGAGUUCAUCAGCUCGGACGCCAACCUGCCCCCCCAGGAUCCCGCCGUGCCGCUCAUCGAGGCCAUACGAAAGGAGCUGGACAGAUUCCCUUCGCCGCACGCCGACUCGUCCCGGUGACUCAUAUUGUACAUACGCGCACCGCAGUGUUACACUGUGCCCAUCCGUUAUUAUACAUUAUCGCCAUCGAUCGUCGAACGCGCGCGCGUACAUAUUAUUAUCAUAUUCUUAUAUUAUUAUGCUGCUUGUUAGGUGUGGAUUAAUCCACCUUGACAGCACCCGUUCGACGAACCCCUCGCGCGUCGUCGCCGUCGCCGCCUCCGCCACACGCAGAGACGAUGAUGAUUCAUCGCCCCGCUUGAUGAUGAAAUGACGGAUGGUAUAAUGUACAAUACGAUUAUUUAUAUUAUUAUUGUGUUUAUUAUAAAUAUUAUUUUUUAACUAUAAGCAUAUUUUAAAUUAAGUUAAUUAAUUUUAUUUCAAUCAAGCAUACAUAUUGUUAUCGGCCUUGAGCCUAUACUUCGCCAGUGUUACGCGUGUCACAUCACGUCGUGGCGUAAAAUAUUAUUGUGUGAUUUUUUUCCACCCCAUAAACAUGCGUGAGUCAUAAUAUAUUCAUGURAAUCAUCGAUUAGGACGCCAAUGUGAAUCGAUUCACUGCCUGUCACCGAAUUUUGGUUCCUCCAGGAUUAUUAAUUGUUAUUAUAGAUAACUGCACAUUAUUUACGAAUUGGUUCCGAAUUAUUCUCAUCGUAAUACACCUAUAAACGGGCAGGUAAUWUUAAAACUGUGUCGAAAUUAACGUUUUCAACAAUGGAGUUUAGACUAGAGGAGUGCUAGGUAGGCAAUAUGUGUGUACCAGUGCAGUGCCAUAGUAUAACUUAUGAGUUAUUUCGUAUAUUAUUCGUAUUUGUCAUAAUAAUCGAAUAUGGGAAUAGUCUUGCCCAAUAUCAAACAAGUCAAAGAUAACAAUUGAAACGCAUAAUGAUAAAACAAAAAUAAUGUGGUUUAAGCAUUUAUAUUACCUAUGACAUGCAUUUUGACGACCUGUACAUCAUCAGUCUUGUCAAUCAUUCAAUUUUUUCAUUUGCUCAGUAAUGAACUUUUCUGUAUCAGAUAUGUUCUUCUUGACUUUUAAAGAUUGCCUAUUUUGUUUAUUGRAUAUGAGUUUCACGUCGGAUUUAUUUUUCAAUUAAUAAAAAUAUAAUUGUACGGCCGAAAUGUAGUUCAAGUUUUUCGUCAAACGAUGWACGACAACAUUCGAUUUGGAGUAGACGAAAUUUUGGCCCACUUUUUGGUCGCAAAAUCACAGUAGUAGUCUAUUAAUAAUAUAACCUAUUUAUGUAUCAGUAUUUUCAAACAGUUACAUAUUAGGACACUUAAUUUUUAUUUGGAACCAAAUCUGUUAAAAAUUCAGAUAAGAUAUUUUUUUUAACGUUUGCUCAAAAAUAACAUUAACCCUAUAUUUGCA